UACCAUCUCUAUUUGUUGAAACGCAACUCAAAUGUUUGCACAACUUAAUGUCAAAAUCUCACAUUUUCACUAUAAAAUUACAAACCGCCAACAAUCCAAAUCAAGCUUUCGCUUCCUUCAGAAAACAUUUGAUGUCAUGAACUGUUUAGUUUGAAAUUCGACUCUCAGACCAAUAGCAAAAAUUAUUAUUUUUUGAGCUUUUUUCGCAAAAUUGCUGGGAAAAUGAAGAACGAGGACGACGCAGCUAACGAGCAAUAUCUUCUGGAUUCAAUUUUACACGAGAAAUCCGAACUACCUCUUCUUGCUUUAAUCAAUCGAUUCGGAGGCCGAGACGACGAGACUGAAAAGUUCUGCGCCAGUUUGGACGAUGUAAAGAAAGAACUGGAACAGAAGCUUCAUUUCAUUUUGGACUCCAGAGCAAGCCAGAGUUUGGAAGCAUUUCUUCAUAUUAAUGCUGUUCAAGAACAGAUAGCAGAUCUUCGUGAGAAUGAGCAGUACUUCCAGCAGAGUGUGGCAGACACCCAAGAGAGUCUGGCUCAGUCUCUGGCCCAGUACAAAAAGGUCACCACUGCUCGGAACAACCUGCACAGAUGCAUGGGGGAGGUCAAAAUAUGUCUGGACAUGGCAGAGGCAUUACAGAAGAUUGAGUCAUUGACAGAGGAAAAAGACUUCUACACAGCUGCUCUCACCAUCGACCGGCUCAAAUCUAAAAUUGCAUCAGCCGACUCCAGCUACCAGUUCAUACCCCGAAUGGCACACGCACUGGAACUACAGUCGGCUCGUGUGUUUGACGACUCACUUGAAACCCUCGGGAGUUUCCUCAAGGUUAUGAGUGAAAACUUUGUUCGCGUGGGAAAAGACGCUGUGGAAAAUAGAUGGGCUUGCGAUCCAGAUCAAUUCGUGGACUUCAGCAAGCUGGCCAACUGUUUCUUCAUUGCACAACUUUUCAAAAAUGAAGCUGACUUCAUUUUUCAUUUCCAACAACAAACCGUCUCCCUCCUUGAGCAUAUUUGCUCCAUUCGAAAACACAAUACUCUGCAGGGAUUCCCUGACUUCAUCUUCUCUCUGAUUGGCUACUUUGUUUCUCUAAUCAGAACAACUCAAAUAUUACCCGAAUUGGCAGAGAAUGUUCCAAAUUUAGCAAACCAAGCAGCUUUACAAGUUCAUGAAAAAGUAGAAAAAAUACUCGAUAAGGCCGAAAAUGAUUUCAUGUCAGAGCCGAAAUCAGAAAGUCUACUUUUAGCAGUCUGCGAGUUGAUAAAUUUGUUCCAAUAUUACGGUAUUCAGAAUUCGGCCUUGGAUGCUUGUUUGAACAAACUAUUCGGAGAUUUUUGUCGAGAUUAUGUCAAUAUUCAGGUCGAAAAGAUAAUUGAAGGCCGGAACAAAAACCGAACAGAGAUCAGUGAUCAAACUGAACCUAGUGUAAAGGUAAACUUGCGGGAAGUUUUUGAUAAGCUUGAAAAACCUCGCUUCAGCUCGAAUUCUUUGAACUCUGGAAGUUUAGAAAAAGUUUGGAAUGAUCACCGCGAAAGAUUUUUUGACCUAUUUAUGGAAAAUUACCUAAGAAACGCACUGGACGUCGUUAUCCCAAGAGAAGAUGAAAACAACAUUAGAAAACUCAUUACGAUGCUGUCGAAAUAUAAAAACUCUGGCAAUGAAAAAGAGCUGACGAUCUUUGAAUCUUUGGCACUAAAGAAGAUUGAAAACAUGAUCAGGUUGCCGGUACAGAGAAUAGCAGCGUCUUUGAGUUUUGAAGAGGGAGCGAAUAUGCAAGUUAACGAAAUGCUGCAAUCAAACGACGGGAACCUUUUGGCGAAAUUAAAUCAUUGGAUUAUGGAGCAAAUUGAGCAAUUAAAGCAGUAUCCAAAAGGCUUGCAAGUAGCUAUCGACUUUUAUGCAACUGAAAUGAACAGUUUGAUGAGAACUCUAACCAAAAACCCGACUAUGAAUUUUGCAGCUCUCGUUACAUUCUUAGAUACGUGUGACCAAAUCAUGAAAAUUGGCAGUGAACACAAAAAUCAAACUGAACAAAUUCGAGAAAUUGCAACACUUCGAAAAUUCAUCGACUUGAUUCUGAACGCUGAAGAUGCUUCGCAAACUUUGGAGAUUUAUGGAAAACUGUUUCCUGAAAAUCAGAAUAAAUCAAAGUUGAAGUUACUAGGAAUGUUGAAGACAAUUAGAAACAACACUCAAAUGGAUAAACUAUACACAAAAACUGCUAGAGGGAAACAACAACUCAAAACAAGCGCCAACCUUGUCAAAAAGUUGGAAAAAUUAAAAUAGAUUGACAAAUUUUUAAAAACUGUCGGCUCAUCAAUCAAAGUUUA